UUUGGCCAGCGGUCAACUGUUAAUUAGGACACACGUUAAUUACGACAUAUACGUGGUCACUUCAAUUGGAAUUGUACAAGAAAGCCCGUCAUUGCGCCAGAUAAAACUCUUCACAUGUUGCAAUGAUGGAAGUUCUGGAAAUCAAUAUGGCGGCCUGUUUUUCCUGUCUAUUCUGUACCAGAUAUUGAAUGAUUUCAGUUCUGUUACAGUGUCCAGAACAUGCUUUCACAACAAGGUGGCUUCGGGUCAGUUUUGACAAAGGUAGUGUGCAUGUGUCCAACUAGUUUUAUUGGAAGAUGGAUCUGGAUGAAGAGGUAGACUAUUGCCCUUUCCGGCGAUUCACCCGUGAAUCACUGUUUAAUAUCGAACGGCGGAUUGCAGAAGAAAAGGCCGUCAAGCAAACAGAGAAAGCUCCAGCUGAGACUGAUUCGUCUGACGACGAAGGUGACGAACCCAGUCACCAUGAACCCGAACUUAAACCAAACCCGAAGCUGGAAGCCGGUCGGAAAUUGCCGCCAUCGCUUGAAGAUUUUCCCGCACAUUUGACAGGCCGACCCGUAGAAGAUCUAGAUGAAUAUUAUCAUAAUCAGCUUACGUUUGUUGUGGUGGGGAAAGAUAAAACAUUAUACCGGUUUUCAGCUACUGAUGCAAUGUUUGUGCUUAGCCCUUUUAAUAUAUUACGGCGGUGUGCCCUCUACGUAUUAGUGCAUCCAUAUCCUUUUUAUAUUUAA